AUGGUUAAACCAGAGCCUAACGAGCCCGCCCAGAGCACUGCCUUUAGUGAAGUAGUAGUGCAGCGUCUGCUGGACGCCCAGUACUUCCAGAACCAACAACUUCAGGCACUGAUUCAGCGACAACAAGACAAAACGCUGGCGUUAAUCCUACCCCAGCCAAACGUCCCUAUACUCAGUGGAAACCCCGUCGAAUACUGGACGUUUAUCCGCGCGUUAGAAAACUUGAUCGACAAGAAAACUGCUAGUGAGAGUGCUCGACUCUACUAUUUGGACUCUGGCUAUCGAACAGCCCGCAAGCUCUUGUAUAAAACAUAUGGGUCAAGCUACAAGAUAGCGAGUGCAUGGGUGAGGAAGCUAACCAUCGGACCGGCGAUUAAGGCCAAGGACGGUGAAGCACUGCGAGGGUUUGCUAUUGCACUGGCCAGUUGCAAGAACUCUCUAACCGAAAUCGGUUACCUGAACAAGCUGGAAAAUCCGAAUACAUUCAAAACCAUCGUCCAAAGGCUACCGUUUGGGCUGAGUCAGAAAUGGCACGACAUAGCCAAUAACAUAACAGAAACCCAGGAUCGUGAGAUCACCAUCGCAGACCUAAGCGACUUCGUCAGCGCUAGAGCCAGAGCGACCAGUCACGCCAUAUUCGGCGACAUAUCCAGUCAAGCACCACAGCCUCACGGAGGGCCUGGAGUAAGACGCAGAUCACAACCCCUCAUGAGAUCCUCUUUCGCCAGAAACAUGAGCACAAGCCAUAACGGAAACGUCUACGAGGAACGAAAUAGCCAAGUACACCGCAAGUGUCUUUCGUGCAAGUCUGACCACUGGCUAUUACAGUGUAGUAACUUUAAGGAGACGUCUCUAGCUGCUAGGUGGCAAUUAGUCACCUCUAGAGGCUUGUGCGCUAACUGCCUAGUCGCUGGCCAUUCAGCCAACUCUUACCCCAAGAGAGAGUUUUGGCGUGUAACAGGGUGUAACGGGAAGCAUUCUAGCUACCUUCAUCCUAAAAGCCAACUUUCAGUUCCUGUUGGUUGCAUCAGCAGCUCGUCAAUCACUGAACCUCGAGCCCAAACACGCAAUCAAGAAAAUGGACAACCCGCCUUUAAUGGCCACGUUAAAGGAAGAAACGACGAUCGCUCAUCCGCCACAAGUUUGGCAAUAGUUCCAGUCAAAGUGAAAGCACCAGACAGUGACCUUAUAGUAGAAACAUACGCUUUCCUAGACAAUGGGUCCAACGUUUCAUUUUGCUCAGAGGAUCUAACUAACCAACUUGGUCUUUCGGGACGCCCAACGUCGUUACAGCUAACUACUAUGGAUAGAGAAGAGAGUAGAAUUGCUGCACAAAUCUUUAGCCUACAAGUCACAGAUCUUGAGGAGGAAAAUUUAGUCGAACUGCCGUGUAUGUUUACAAGAACAAAGCUGCCAGUAUCACUAAAGAACGGAGCCCAUCAAGAGGAAAUCGAUCGAUGGCCUCACCUCAGUAGAGUAAGGAUCCCUAAGAUCGACUCCAACGUCAGGCGGCUGAUUGGAAGCGAUGUUCCUGAAGUGCUUGAGCCAAAAGAAGUACGACGCAGCAAUGGCGGGCCGUACGCAUCGAGGACCAUGCUUGGUUGGGUGGUUAACGGGCCACUUGGAAGAGCCCAAGCUUCCACCCCUGCUAACGCUAAUUUCAUCCGAGGCGAUGCUGAACUCACUGAACAGUUCCGAAGCUAUUGCAACAUGGAAUUCAACGAUUCCGUAUACAGCAACAACUCUUCCAUGUCGUCAAACAACAAGCGAGCUUUAGAGAUCAUGUCAAAGACAGCAUUCCUGAGAGAAGGGCCCAACGAGAUCGCUUUGCCAUGGAAGGAAGAAACCCCAUACCUAGAAAACAACAAGAUAGUCACCGAGCAUCGACUAAGAUCCUUAAAGAAACGCCUUCUGUUAAACCCAGAUCUAUUGGUCAAGUACAAGGAAUGCAUUGAAGAUCUGCUGAAGAAGGGAUAUGCUAUAUCAACACCGGCAACGCCCACCUCAAGAAAGACAUGGUACCUUCCUCAUCAUGGAGUCGUCCACCCUGCAAAGCCUGGAAAAGUCCGCAUGGUCUUCGACUGCUCCGCAAAGUACUGGGGACGGUCUCUCAAUGAUCAGCUGCUACAGGGGCCAGACCUCACAAACACCCUCGUCGGAGUCUUAACCCGCUUUCGACAAGAACCCAUCGCUAUCAUGUCGGACAACGAAGCGAUGUUCCACCUAGUACGAGUAAGGCCAGAUGACAGCGAAGCAUUGCGGUUCCUCUGGUGGCCGCAUGGGGAUCUUACGUUGCAGCCUCAAGAAUACAAGAUGAAAGUACACCUAUUUGGAGGAGUGUCCUCGCCAAGCUGCGCUAAUUUCGCACCCCAGAAAACGGCGGAUGAUAUUCAAAAGGAAUUUUCACCAGAGACGAUCGACACUGUGAAGCGUAAUUUUUACGUGGAUGACUGUCUGAAACCAGUCGGAUCCAAGUAA